UUAACAAUCCUAGUGCCUCCAAAUCUUGUGUUUUGUUCUGUUUGUUGAUCAUAAUCGCGUUUUUUUAGUUGCGAAUGUGAUCAUUUUGGUGUUUGAAUCAAGAAAACCACGCAUUAAAUCGAAGUUUUGAAAAAGAGAAGGUAAAUAAUGCCAAGCAAGUUAAAGAAGGCAAUUGGUGCAGUAAAAGAUCAAACAAGCAUUAGUCUUGCAAAAGUUUCAAGCAAUACUUCUUCAACUCUUGAAGUUGCUGUCCUAAAAGCCACAACACAUGAUGAUGUACCUAUCGAUGAUCGAUACGUUCAAGAAGUCAUCAAACUUGUCUCAUCCAACAAGGCUUACGCGGCUGCCUGUGCUCGUGCCAUUGGCAAACGCAUAGGCAGAACGAGGAACUGGAUCGUUGCCCUCAAAUCAUUGAUGCUUGUCUUAAGAAUCUUCCAAGAUGGUGAUCCUUAUUUCCCUCGAGAGAUCCUUCAUGCUAUGAAACGUGGAGCCAAGAUUCUUAAUCUUUCUAGUUUUCGCGAUGAUUCAAAUUCUAGUCCUUGGGAUUUCACAGCAUUUGUUCGUACAUUUGCUUUGUAUCUUGAUGAACGUCUGGAUUGUUUCCUUACUGGAAAGCUUCAAAGAAGAUACAAUAAUCGCGAAAGAGAGAAUUCAAGUAGCCAUAUUUAUAGGUCUACUGGUAGUAGUCGAAGAAGGGGUGAUGAACCUGUUCGUGACAUGAAACCAGUAAUGCUGCUUGACAAGAUAUCGUAUUGGCAACGAUUGAUUGAAAGAGCAAUAGCUACAAGACCAACAGGAGCAGCUAAGACAAAUCGUCUUGUCCAAAUCGCGUUGUAUGCUGUUGUAACAGAGAGUUUUGAUCUUUACAAAGAUAUCUCAGAUGGUCUUGCACUUGUUCUUGAUAGCUUCUUCCAUUUACCAUAUCAAUCAUGUGUAAACGCCUUCCAAACUUGUGUCAAAGCUGCUAAACAAUUUGAGGAGAUCAGUGCGUUUUACUCUGUCUGUAAAACCAUAGGCGUUGGCAGGACAUCAGAAUAUCCAAGUGUGCAAACAAUCUCAGAGGAAUUGAUCGAAACGUUGCAAGAGUUCCUCAAGGAUCAAUCUUCAUUUCCAGCUCAUACCCAAAGCAAACCACAUUUGCUUCUUCCAGGCACCGGUGGUGGUUCCUCAAGGACCACGAGCAGCAAACGUGAUAGUUAUGGUUGUCAAUCAGACUUUUCUGUGACCACAGGAACGACUGAGCCAUACUCGGAGAAGAGUACUAAUACUUGUGUUGAUUCACGCUGCACAUCAUUAGAAGAUCUAAUAAGUGCAACCGAAACAUGGAAGAGUCCAGCUAAUAUUUCGAUUGACUUGGAGGCCUAUUCAGAUAUUCAAUUUGAGAAGCAGUUGCAUGAAAAGGAUGACUCGGGGUCUACUCAUUCGUUGCCCGUAUCAAACUCCAUGGCUGAUCUUGUAUCCUUACCAGAUUUGCAAGAAUAUGAUGAAGACGAACAAGAAGCUGAACUUGAACAACACCAGAAACAGAAUCCAUCAUUAGAUUCUACUAGUUCAGCUAAAGGAUGGGAACUCGUGUUAACUGAGGCAAUCCCAUCAACGUCCUUCAACGCGUUCCCUGAGCAACAAAAACCGGAUCAUUUGUCAGGAAACGAAAUGAGAGGGAUGAUAACACCAUCAGCAUCUUUCAACGCGUUCCCUGAACAAGGACAAGAAAAUGUACCUACAAAUGAAGCAGAGGUUUCUUCAAGCAAUGGAUGGGAACUUGUACUGUUCGAAAACAUUCCACAAACACAAUCAACACAACCCGUUGUCCCUAGUACCACGAACAACAACAACAACAACGUUAACAGCUUCAGUUUCGCCACUUUGGAUGACUUGUACAAUCAGAAUCAAACUCCAUUUUAUCCGAAUAAUAGCCAAAACUCACAUUUCACCCAUAGUACAAACAACUUUUUGUAUGAUCAAACUCCAGCGCCUCAACACUACAAUCCAUUUCUACAAGACACAUCAAUGGAGUUGGCUAUGGUACCGGUCACGAGUGCACCUGCUCCGUACCCAACUCUGACCACGAAUUCUUCGUUUUCAUUUCCAACGUCUACUGACAUGUUCACAUCAUCAGCACCAGCACCUACAUUUCAAGCAACUCCAACUUUUAGUGCUCAGAAUCACACUACAGGGCCAAUGCAGAGUACUAAUAUGGACGACCCGUUCGCGACAUUUUCGAGUAGUGAUCAGAUGUUUAAUGGCAUCAAGAAUGAGCAGAAUUUGAUGCAAGAACAACAAUUAUGGUUGCAGAACCAAAACAAAAUCAUAGCUAAACAUAGGGCUUGAUUGAUAUACAUGUGUUAAAUGAAUAAAUCUUGUUGUUAUGUUUUACAAAAUGAUUUUGUGUUAA